AUUUGAAUGAUUGCAUUGCUAUGGUGGAGUCUUGCACCAGCUGCGGCAGCUAUUUCGAGCGUAGGGAGGAGUGGAAGUGGACGUACUGGACAAGUGUUGCGAUACUGUCGCUGUUAUUGUUGAAUGUUUUUGGGCUUAUUGUGGCGUUUGGAAUGGCCUUUUUCUUGCAUCCGUUGUACGUGUUGGACUUGAUCGUUGUGUGUACUGCCCCAGUGUUGGAGCUAACACUACAUACGGACACUGCGGGGGUGAUUAUCAUGCUUACUUUAUGGCGAAUUGUGCGGGUGGCUCAUGGAAUUUUCGAGGUCACGGACGAGGCGUGGGAGAAAGAUAUUCAUCGAUUAGAAACUCAGGUUCAGGCUGUUCAGUCUGCUUGUGACGAAGAACAAGUUCUUCUUCAGGAGAGAGAUCAACAAAUUGCUGAGUUGGAAGCACGUCUGAGGGAGCUAACUGUAAUCGAGACAUGAACAAUAGGUCUUUGUUUUACGACGCAAGCAGAAUCAGAAGUCUUUCACGGAACAAUUAGAGCAUGCUACGUAUAGUGGAUCAAAAAUGGAGUUGCGCGGGCUCUGUGUGCGAUGUUGACGCCAUGCUUCAAAGUCGCAAAGGAGGAUUCCCAAUCUGAAAUGGAUGGUUUCAGUGGGAUUAUUUCGCAAGGAGCUGGAGGAUUGGACUUUCAGUUAUCAUGCCUUGAUUCUUAGGAGGCACCUCACCCAUUACAUACAUUAUUUUAUUACCAGAUUUUAUGUUGCAAUCUACAGGCCUAAAAUUGUAGAACCUAGGAAGCUCGUUCAUGUAAUAUAAUAAUGAUUAUACUGUCUGGAUUGAUGCCACGGUUUGUAAAAAUAGCUCAAGAGAAAUUUCUCAUUAUACAGAAAGAAUUUGUGCGAUUCCUUUGUGCACAGAAAAUUUCAAGUCAGAAUUAAGUGUUUCAUCGUGCACUCA